AUGGAAAAUGACAAUCUGAACCUACGAAAUAAUCUGUCUGAUUUUAUUUCUGACGAUGAGAAUGAAGAGUUUGGAUGCCUUAGUACAAUGAUAAGUGAUGCUAACUUCAAUGGGCUCCAUGAAGAAUACAGUGCAACUGCUGGAUUCCAUCAUUCCCAACUUCCAGAUCCACAAGUCUCCUCUCAUCCAAAUUUUGCUGGUUCCUUUCCUGAUUCAAUUUCAUAUACUGAUAUUGAUUGGUCAUUUGAUAGAUCCCGCUUGGGUCUAAGCUCUCAAAAUUGGUCUAACAGCAUUUUCACGAAUACCAAAAAUAAGACAAAUGCUUCAUUUCAUGUCAGAAGUCCAGAACUUGCCAGCAUUUGUAGAGUCCCAGUGAGAAGUCAGGAAGCUGAAGGCCGACAUUUGAUUGGGUAUGAUAGAGAAACAAACAAUCAUAAUCUGCAAUCCUCAGAAUGUGAGGAUCAAAUUGAUCUUAACAUUACUGCCAUUUGCAGUGGAUUCCAACCCCAUUGUUUACAAGAACUUGAUGCUGAGACUUUUGAUGUUGGAUGUCAUACAAAUACCACCACGGCUCUCAACAAGGCAGAUAAGAUCUCAGGCUUUAAAGACAAUUUAGAGGAUAUUCCUAACCUUACAACCUUUCCUCAGAACCCUGUUGGAGUAAGAUGUAGUAAUUUUAUUAACUUUAGUUUGAACCCAUCAUCCGUCUUUCAACCAUCUAUUAUAGUUGGUGGGGAUAACCCUUUUCCCACUCCAAGUAAUGAAGAUUGUUUGAGUCCUGAUGUAUUCCAGGGCAAUGAGGAUAUCCUCAACUCACUUAUAAAUGCUGCUCCCUCUACUACAGAAUCUAUCAAAAGCCAAAUUGGGAUAUCCUCACAAAGCUGGUUUACUGACUUAGAAUCUUGCUUACUUAGAAGGAAUCAAAAUCACUGGCCUUCUGAAGAGAAAUCUCAUACUGAUGCCAGGAACUUCUCAUCUGAAUAUCCAACAAAUGCUCCUUCUCUUGGGAUAUCUGCAACCAUCUCUGUUCCAGAUCAGUCGUUUGAGUAUAAUCAAUCUGCUGGUGCUGGCGCUUCUCAGCCUCCCCAAAACGUUGGCAAUUCUCUCACUACUGGUACCACUUUUAGUGUCUUUAUUACUCUACUUGACUUUAAAUUAACAGUUUCAUCAAGUUAUGACAGAAGAAAUGACUUUAAGCUUGACAAGUUUUAG